AUGGCCGGUGCGAUAAUUUCAUGUGUUCUAACAGAAGAAGAUAUUCCUGGUGCUUCAUUAUAUGGACGAAAACCUGCAGAAUUGAGCAAUGAUGAUCUUAAAUUUUGGCUGAAAUGUCGGGGAGAUUCCGGGAAACGACUGAAAACAAAAGCCGAACUUGUUAAAAGGUAUACCACUCCCUUACUGUAUUUACACUCCCUUACUGUGUUCAUAUAUGCCAUUUUUUUCGCCUCGCUAAAAUCAUUUAUUUAUGUUUCUAGAGUUGAAGAAUACAUUGUAUCUGGAAAAGAUAAGACGAUCUCCGACCCUUACCCAAAUGGGCUUUAUACGAAAAGGAAAUUGAAACAAGUAGGCGCAUCUUGUAGCUUUGUAUCGAACGACAAAAAGGACAACGCUGCACAGUGA